CGGGAGCACCUCUGCGCCCACGCGCUUCCUGCCCGCCCCGCUGCCUGCUCCGGGCCCCCCGGGGCUCGUCCGCAUUGGGACGGUUCCUGUCUCUCCUCCAGCGACUUAGCGGAGGCGAUGCGGGGCGCCGUGCCCUGGUCCGCGCGGACCGCACAGUCACGGGCAGCGGCGUCUGUGCUGGCCAGAUGGCCCCGGGCCUCCACAGGGAAGUUACCUUUAAAUCCACCCACUGUCAUGGAUGAGCUGGGAGAAGAUGACAUCUAUAUUUUGAAUCAUGAAAAAGCAGAUGGUACUCACAGAAGAGAGAAAGAGAUUCCUGUUCCAGCAUAUGCAGGGGAUGAGUCCAUUGCUUCACAUUUUGCACUUGUCACUGCUUAUGAAGAUAUCAAGAAACGACUAAAGGAGACAGAGAAGGAGAACUCCUUCUUAAAGAAAAGAGUAAGACUCUUAGAAGAAAAGCUGCUUGGCUCCCGUUCGGAAGAAGAAACAAGCUCAGUUGGACGUGAGCAAGUAAACAAGGCCUAUCAAGCCUAUCGAGAGGCCUGCAUCGAGAGAGAUAAUCUGAAAAGCAAACUGGAUAAAACGAUAAAAGAGAAUACAGAGUCCUUGAAAAUCUUGAGUGAGCAGUUGCAGUCUAAAGAAGUGGAGCUCCUACAACUAAGAAGUGAAGUGGAAACUCAACAAGUGAUGAGGAAUCUAAACUCUACUCCAUCUAGCUGGGAAAUAGAGAAGCUGAAUAGUGACCUGAAAGUGCACAGUCUGGAACAGGAACUAGAAGAGCUGAAAAAAGAAUGCAACGGUCUCAGAAAAGAACUGCAGAAGGACCAGGGUCAGGAAUUAAAUCUGUUAAAUGGAGACCUCCUCCAAAAACAAAAUAUUCAGAGUGAAAAUGUGCAGCAAGCAUACUGGGAAUUGAAGAGGGAAAUGUCUAACUUGCAUCUGGUGACUGAAGUGCAAGCUGAGGUUCUACGAAAACUGAAAACCGCAACUGCAACCAAGAAAGCGUCUACUUGUGCACCAGUACAAUGUGUUGAAGACGUGGAGAAGAACCUCACAAAGUUACAUUUGACUUCUUCUGGGGCAGUCUACAAAAAAACCUCUCUUUCACAAAAUGACAAACUUCUCUGCAAUGCCAUAGCUCCCCCUCUCCCAAGAGAUGUAAAAAUCCUGUCUGAACAGGCAAAUCUUCAGUCGUGGACAGAUGAGAGACCCAUGGCAAUUGGGAGCACCACCUGUCAUGAACAAAACUCGUAUGGAAAGAGCUCUCUGGAAGAUAAUUCCUGGGUAUUCCCAAGCCCUCCAAAACCUAGUGAGACAAUGUUUUGGGAAAUGAAAAAUAAAUCUUCUUUGUCAAACUAUCCAAUAGAUUACCUGGAUCAGUGUAAUCAAAACUGCCUGCACAAGAGCUAAGUAGUUUCUGAGAGAGACUGGUGCUAGUUCUGAAUAGGCACCCGAGUGCUAGAAUUUUUUUAAAGAGAAAAGUAGUUAGCUGAAAUGUGGAGGUAACUUCUUUUGUCUUGUUCCAAGAUGGGUGGCCUGAUCACUCAUUGCUGUAGAUCAAGACUAAAUCAAAGGAGCUAUAGUGGUAAUACAGGUGUAAGCAAAUCAGAAUCAGGCCCUAAAUGCUUGGUCCUCUUUAUACUGAACAUGACGCACACUUGCAAAUAUUACACAGACUGAAUAUUGAACUCUUGGAAUAAAUCAAAAUAAUCCAGCUCCGCAUUUCAGUUCGCUGUAUGUACAUAACACUGCUCAUAAAGGCAUUUGGUAUCCUGUGUUAGAAAAAUCUAAAAGCUGUGAGCUUACCUCUGACAGAAGUGUCUUUCAGAUAUGGAACUCUCAGGUAAAGAAUGGAAUUGGAAUGUUGUUUUUACCCCCUCUGGUUUAGGAACAGUCACUGGAUUUAUAAUGUGUGAUAUAUGCCAGGAAGAAAAGGUGAGAUUUAUAGGAUUUUUUCCAAAAUCAUGUUUUAUGUAACAUGUAUAAACCAAAACUGCUAGGAUACACUCUUUAGGUGGCACCUUUUUUCUUGGCAUUACUGUAAGUAUUUAAAGAUCAUAAAUAGAUGCUGCUGAAAGCUGUAAUUCAUGGACAUAGUUUUUAUUUUUUUCCACUGACAAAGGAAAUUGGUGCAUGUUAUAGAAUCACCCUAACCAAAAUGCAAUGAUCUUUGUGUGCCUCAUUUGUAUAUCACCAAAAUCUUCACUUUAACUGAUUUCUAAGGCCAUCAACUUUUUUUUUUAUCGCAAGAACAGAAGCCUUAAUUUGAGCAGCUCAGAUGUUAAGUGUCAGUGUUCAAAAUACACAACUGUGCCAUCUCAAUAGGGUUUUUCAUCUGUUGUGUAGAAAACUAAAGUGUUUCAAAUUAUAAAUUUGCCAACUUUUACACAGUUUUGUCCAUACUCUGAUGUACGUGGUUAGCUGGUAUAAAGACAAAUUUCUCUUUAAACCAAGGAAGCUUCUAGGCAGUUAAGUCCUGCUCUUUGGUAGAGCAAUUUUAGAACUAUUUGGCUUCUUACACCAGGUUUAAAGUGAAAUGGUUGAAAUGUACAAUACUUUGAGGAAAAUUCUACAUUGGGUAUUUCAUAUUCUGAGUGAAUGUAAAGUUUAAUUGGUAGUAAAAUGAUUAGUACUGGUAAUUGUUCCCUGUAUACAGGGAACAAGCAUCCAAUUCACCUUAAGGUCAAUGUAAAGAGAAAAUGGAUUUCACAACAGUUGAGCAGUAAAAUAUAAAAAAAAGCCAGUAACUUCGUAAAAGUUACGGCUGCAUUAGUCACAUCAGUGAUGUACUAUUAAAAGCAUGAUGAACUGUGGACACUAUGUGACUUAUGUAGAUCCACUGCUCCCCCUCCCCUAUGCACUCAGUACUUCAUACGAUAUCAUCUCCUAUUUAUGUAUUGGAGUUUUGUCUAUCUUUUUAAGUCAAAAGAAUGUCUUUGAUACCAUCUAUUUUAUUAGUGAACAGCAUACAUAAAUAAUAUGCCUACCUUUCACCAGAUAUGUUUUUAUCUUUCUGUUAUCUUGCGCGCAUAUCCUGGUUUGUCUGUGAUUAAUGAAAAUAGUGUCAGAUGCUGGAAUUUAUUCUGACCAAUGAACAUGACUGACUCAAGGGAGUACAAGCUCUUGCAAAGUAAUAGAACAAACCCCAAUAUGCAUAAAACAAAUCCAAGUCGCUAGGCUUUAGCUGAUAGAACCAACUACCUGUGUAAUAACAAAGCACCAGAAACUAUUUCUCAUGUGGCUGCAUAAUAUAUUGUAUCUAGUUUUAAUGUAAUUUACUGGGUUUAUGCCCUUGGUUACAAAGAUUUUUGGUAAGUUUAAUGUUUUCAACGGCCAUCAACCUGAUUAACAGUUGGAAUUAUGCAAGGAAGGAAUCCUGUUGUGUAAAAUUUUAAAUAAAUUUAUUUUUGUUUGAAAUGG